GUUGAGGUUUCAUUACUUUUGAUUUACACCGCUUGGCGACAGCGUUUGAAGACGAUUUAACUUUUAAAAACCUAUGUAAACUCAUCAAAUCUCUAUCAAAACUUUUAACCUUUUGGGAAGAUAGAUCUUUAUUUUUGCCGUUAAAUAUUGGCUUCCGCCUAAAAUUCGCCGUAGAUCCUGUGAAAUAAUUGGAAUUAGUGCCGAGUAUCAUUAUCUGUCGCUAUCAUUUAAAGAAUCUUCCCCCAGUGUCCGUUAUCAUGGGACAGAUGAUAACCCCGGUAUGUCUGCCUCCCGCAGAGAUGUUUAUACAGCCCCUAACAGUCGCCAUAUAAAUGUACCCCGCAUGGGAUGUCCGGACCAGAAGCUACCAAGUCAGCAACCAGCAAACAUAUAGUGCAGUCCAAACACUUACCUAAAAGGAUUUUAUUAUUUGCCUUCAGCAUUUCUACAAUUAUAAGAAUGGUGGAGUUUAUCUACUUUGUAUGCCUGAUCGGAGUGACAAACAAGAUCUUUGCUUUACCAGUACCCUCCACAGAUCUCGGAGACAGCCAGUAUUUCGGCGAAUCUACUGAUGUCGAGGAUGUGUCCGUGCCGGUGCCAUUCCUCGUUAACUAUGAGAACUUGAUAAAUUCUGAUGAGGACUUGAGUUACCCCGUCUUGCCUCUACCCCAGAAUCCACCCGAAUGGCUGAUGACGCUGAUUCACAGGGUCAUGUCCAAGUCGUCUGAUUUUUCCAACAGACAAAAGCGUGGGUAUCUCGACUACUCGGACCCUGCCCUCCAAGCCCUUUUACACGCCUUUUACAAAACAUAUGGCGGUGAUGGAAAGAUGGGUAUUCGUUAUGGACGCUCAGUUCAAUCUUUACGAAGGAGUGUUCCUGUUCAACACAGAAUUUUCCACAAUUCGUUUUUGAAACAAAUGAAAGCAGACUCUCAUUCCAGAGGUCGCUACCGAAGGACCUCCUACAGACAAGCCGAAUUGCAAAGAAUUCUUAAACUAUUUUAUUCAAGGGGGAAAUAUUAUGGAAAGUUUGGUAUAAAAACUGGUUGAAGAGUGUGUUGUAUACCUGUAGAUGGUAUUAACUUUACCUCAAAGGCAGCAGACUUAAAAGGUGUGACUCGCUGAAGUUACGGACCUGUGGGAAGGCACUUCGCGAUGUCUGCAAUUAACUCUAAGAAACAAUGAGCUGAGGAAUCUCUCCGUUCUGUAUAUAAUGUAUAUAGUGUAUUUAUUUAUAUCGUUUGUAAAUAUUGUAUAUAUUGUGCAAUAAUGAAAAUUUUAGAUAAAUCGUUUCAAAACAGUUGAAAAGUAUAA